AUGCCUCACAGCACGGAAUGCCUUAAGCUCACCAGCAACAGCCUGUCGUCAAUCUCCUCUCAGGAGGGCAAGCAGACCGUAAAGGUCCCCACUUACGACCGCAGCGUCGUCAAGGAGGGCAUCGUCCACGUCGGAGUCGGCGGCUUCCACAGAGCUCAUCUCGCUGUCUACAUCGACCGCCUUCUCCAGAAGCACGAUGAGCGCGACUGGGCCAUUUGCGGCGUCGGCCUCCGGCCCAAUGACGCCGCUAUGCGCGACGUCCUGAGCGCCCAGGACCACCUCUACACACUCAUCGAGCGCUCAGCAAAGGGCAGUAACGCCAGCGUCAUUGGCAGCAUCAACUCGUUCCUCUUCGCGCCCGACGACCGCGAGGCCGUCAUCGCUAAGAUGGCUCACCCCGACACCAAGAUCGUGUCCCUGACCAUCACUGAGAGCGGCUACUACUACUACGAGAACACUCACCAGCUGCAAUCGGAGCACCCCGACAUCCAGCACGACCUGGCCAACGAGGACCAGCCCAUCAGCAUCUUUGGCUUCCUCUACGCCGCGCUCGCCAGGCGUCACGCCAACGGCCAGAAGCCCUUCACCGUCCUCUCCUGCGACAACAUGCAGAAGAACGGCUCCAUCACCCGCUCCAUGCUCGAGUCCUUCGCCCGCCUCAAGAACCCAGAGAUCGCCGCAUGGAUCGCCGAAAAGGGCGGCUUCCCCAACGCCAUGGUCGACCGCAUCACUCCCAGCACCUCCCAGAACGACAUCAAGUCGCUCGCAGAGGUCUUUGGCAUCGAGGACGGCUGGCCCGUCGUCACCGAGCCCUUUAUGCAGUGGGUCGUUGAGGACAAGUUCUGCGACGGCCGCCCGCCCUUUGAGAAGGUCGGCGUCCAGAUCGUCGAAGGCGUCCACGAGGUCGAGCAGUUCGAGAAGCACAAGCUCCGUCUCCUCAACGCCUCGCACUCCGCCAUGGCCUACCCCGGCCAGCUCGCCGGCUUCAAGUACGUCCACGAGGUCAUGGAGCACCCCAUCUACCGCAAGUUCGUGUGGCAGAUGAUGCAGGAGGAGGUGAAGCCCCUGCUUCCCGAGAUCCCCGGCGUCGACAUUGACGAGUACUGCAACACUCUCAUGGAGCGCUUCUCCAACCCCACCAUCAUGGACCAGAUCCCCCGUGUCGCUCUCGGCGCAUCCGGCAAGAUCCCGCAGUUCAUCAUGCCCUCCAUUGCCGAGCAGAUCUGGACCACGGGCCCCUUCCGCCGCCUGUGCUUCGUCGCCGGCGCCUGGUUCCGCUACAUCAACGGCGUCGACGACGAGGGCAAGACCUUCACUGUCGACGACCCGAUGCGCGAGGAGCUCCAGGCCCUGGCAAAGGCCGGCGGCAACGACCCGCGCCAGCUGCUCAGCGUCAGGAUCCUGUUCGGUGACGACUUGCGCGGCGACCAGCGCUUCAUUGAUGAGGUCACCAAGGCCAUGGAGCUCAUCGCCAAGGAUGGCGUGAUGGCCACCAUUCCCAAGUACGUUGAUUAA